AUGGGUACGGUGGUGGGUUGAAAUGGGAGGAAGUUUGGUGAGAUAAGAGAUUUUGGAGAUUUUUAGGGGAAGGGAGUUUAGGGGGUGGAGGAAGAGAGUUUUGGCUUCACUGAGUCAUGAGGAUUGAUUGAGACUCGUAGAAGAAAUCAAGAAGUCUAGAGACCGUAUCGAUAUUGUGGAGACACUAUCAUGUGUACUGAUUUUAAUUUGGAAUUUAAAGUCUAUAUGAAGACUAUCAGAGUGUAGCAAAAUUAUGUAAAAACAUGAGAAUUUGUUAAAAAUUGAUAUCGUCACAAGAAGAAGCUUAUAUUGUUUUUAGAACCUUUGGCAUAAGGCAUUCGACUUAUUUCUGAUUUAAAGCUCUUGAUAAAAUCAUUAACGUGAAAGAAAAGAUGUAGUUAUAAUAUCUUCAUGUGUUUAUAAGUCAUCUUACAUUUCUCAACACAAUAAGUCAGAAUUGGUCAGCUAAACCCCCUUUACUAUUUUU